AUGGUUAAUGGUCUAGUGAUGCUUGGAUUUGCAGGGGCAUAUCAACAGACUCGUCUCUGCAAUGAAUCUCUCAUGUUAGAAAAGUUGCCUGCCUGUGGGAAGUCCUUUGAAGAGAUGAUGAAGAAAGUGGACUCCAAAAAAUGGUGCAACCUGACAGAAUUCAUCAUGUAUUAUGACAACUUUACCCAGUGCACAGAGCGUGAAGCCAACAGUGCCAGUUGCUUUUGGCCAAACCCCCUUGCUGAGGGCUUCAUCACUGGAAUUCAUAAACAAUUCUUUUCAAACUGUACUUCAGACAAGGUUCACUGGGAAGAUCCACCAGAUGAAAUUCUCAUCACUCUGAUCUUAAUCCCAGUCAUGUUGACAUGUGCCAUGAUAACACUGGUAGUGUGGUGCAGCAAGAGAAGCGAUAUCCUGGUGUGAGCUCUUCCACAAGGCUGAUUUUUUUUUUUCCUCCAUUUCCUCCUUCAAAAAACGCUAAGGAAAUAGGACAAAGAGAGAAACUCGGCAUAAAGACUUCAGAUCUGCUGACAUGGACCUGUGAGAUACUGAGACAGAGACAAUGCUCCUGUGAGCAAA